AUGAGUAACCAUCCUUUUACCGGACCACGCAUUGAUCGCUCUGUUACAAUCCAUUGCGUGGGUGACUGGGGUCAAGCCAACUUCCACCGAAUCUCAUCAUGGCUAUCUCAAGAGUUCUGCGACCGUGCCGGGCCCAAAAGCCGAACAGCAAUUUGGUCUCUUCGUGAUGGUGGACUGGAUUCGAUUCUCCAAGUCUACAAUGGCGAAGCAGAUCUCGGAAUCUCCACACCCACGACCCUUCUUAAGGCAACUGUUCUCCCACAACGAGACCGAUUGAUGUUCGCUGCUGCUUCGGGUCUGAAUAUCUCAUCGUUUGCGGAUAUUCGAGACCGGAAGCUCCCACUGCGCAUCGCAGUCUCAGAAGACGAUGGGUCAAAUUUGAUUGGAUACAUUUCCGCACGGGUUUUGGAAGCCCAUAGAUUGGACGAAGAGACUAUGCACUUAUGGGGUGGCUCUUGGGUCAAGGCAUGUCGUCCUGAACAAGUUAUUGACCUUUUUCAAACGGGGCAGGCCGAUGCCGUCAUUCAAGAAGCUAUAAUGACACCUUGGUGGCGAGACUUGAUUGAAAACCGUGCUCUGUCGCCAGUAGAGAUGGACGAUGCCGCUCUAGACAAGCUUUCAGGCCGGGACGGCUUCCAAAGGUCUUCUGUGAAGGCCGACUUCUGGAGUAAUCUUACGCACAAUAUCCAGUGCGUGGACUUCUCUGACUUCGUCGUUGUGGUGCGCGACGAUAUGCCCCAUGACAUUGCUCAUCUGCUCACUUGGUGUCUUGUUGAGACAAGGCACGUCCUGGAGGCGCAGUAA